AUGUCCAAACUGAGGAAUCCGUUUAUAGCAAGUUACAUGGGGUCGGUCACUUAUAUUCCACAAGUGUCGAUGGUCAUCCAAUUCUUUAUUCUAGGCUCACUUGGUGAAUAUCUGAGACAAGAAAAAGAAGACUAUGUCAAGAUCCCAUACAAGUUGAAAGUGCGGAUGUUGUUUGACACAUCACGUGGAAUGCAAUUUCUUCAUGAAAACAGAAUUAUGCACUUGGACUUGAAACCCGACAACUUGUUGGUCAAUUCACUUGACCCAAACAGUGCUUGCUCUAUUAAAAUCACAGACUUUGGAACAUCACGAUUCACAAAAAAAUCGAUUAAAAAUAGAGAAGACAAAGGACUUGGAACACCAAUCUAUGCCGCUCCAGAAACUUACAAAGAUGAAUACACCUUUGCAGGUGAUGUUUAUUCAUUUGCUAUAACAGCCUGGGAACUGUUUUACCAAGUCGAACCAUAUGAUCAACUCAAGUCUAUUUUCGAAAUCAAAAAACACGUCGAAGAAGGAAUGAGGCUUUCAUUUGAUCAGAAUAUUCCGGCAUUAUACAAAAAUUUGGUUGAAGAAUGUUGGAGAAGUGAUCCAAAAGAUCGGCCUUCCUUCGAUCAAGUUACAUUAAAACUUGUGAAAAUAGAUGAAGACGUUCAACGUCAAUAUCAUUUGAAUAUUCUAAAUGAGAUGGACCAUCUUGAUUACGUCAUAGAAAAACGGAGUGAACGCGUUAAAAGGAAUUUAUAUGAAAUAAGUUGA